UUGUGUUUCUCUCUAAAUCUAGAAUAUUAGAAUGAAUGACUUUGCAUUUCACAAUUGCUUGCGAUCGUAGCCUUAAAACACCAAAUAAAAAAGAUAAUUUUUAUCUCUUUUUUUUAAAUAUGCUUAACUGUAGUUAUGUAAACGGUUACCUUUAGUAUCCUUUCAUCUAUAUAUGUUGCAUACUUGAGAAUCAAGACUAAACGAAACACCGACUUCUAAGUAAAGAUAAUAUAAAAUAAAGUAUUUUCGAUGUGUCGAUAUAUUGAGGUAUAUUGAUUCAAACAUUAUUUUUGUCUAAUAUUUUAUUAAUAUACUAUUAUUCUCUUUUCUUCGCUAGAAAAUUUUAUUCCUGUAUUGAGAGAGAAAUAUAAUAUAUAGUUAAUUCUUUGCAUAAAAAAAAUUACUUAUAGGAAUAAUUCUCUUUACUACUAUGCGUAAAUAUCACUUUGAAAAAGAGAAUUGUUAUACUACAAAUUUAGUUUACGGAGAUACAGUUAUCAAAUAUGCAAGACGAUAGAAGAUAUCACAUAUUGUCGCGUCAUAAAUCUACAAACAUUCUUUAGGUACGAUAUCUUGUGUUUUUGUCUUUACUCCCUGUAUAAUAGCGCAUACGUCAGGUGGAAGUUAUUUUAAAAAUGAUAAAUAUAAUUUAAAAAUUUUCAAAGUUACUAAAACAAUAUAAUAUUAGAGUUUAUAACAUACGUCAAGCAAAUGCAGUCAAUUUUUUUUAAUUUAAACAAAAUAUAAAAAUGCAUGUUUUAAAGUUUACAUUUUUAAUUGUUACGUUUGUUGGGUGUUUUCGACCGUUAUCGUGGACGUCGCUAUUCAAACGUGUUAUUUACAAUCUCUACAGAAUAUUUAUAAUUAUCAUUUUAUAUAUUUUUGCCUUUUUACAAUUUAUGGACAUUACGUUGAAUGUUGAUAAUCCCGAUGAUUUUACGAAUAUUUUAUAUAUGGCUUUAAAUGUGUCCGUCUCCGGUUAUAAACUACUCAUAAUGUGGUUAAAUUAUAAGAGUGUUACAACAUUAAUUAUCAAGCUUAAUGAAGAACCAUUUAAACCAAUGAAUACAGAUGAGUUAAAAAUUCGCCAAAAAUUUGAUAAAAUAAUACGGUGUAACACAUUACGCUACUCGAUUUUAAUUGCAUCAUCAUGGACGUUUAUGAGUUUGAUGUCGUUACUCACUGACUUUAAAAACAGAAAGUUAACAUACAGAGAAUGGGUACCAUACGAUUAUUCGUCCUACAUGGUGUUUUGCAUUACAUAUGCUCACCAGUUUCUGAGCACGUUUUAUUGUGCUAGUGUAAACGUCGCUUGCGAUACCCUUAUAUGUGGAUUCCUAAUGCACGUGUAUUGUCAGAUCGAGAUUUUGGAAUACCGGUUGAAAAAGAUUUUAGAUGAUGAAAAUAUUCUAGCCUACUGUAUACAUCAUCAUAAUAGUAUCUUUAAAUUUGCAUGUUCAAUAAAUGCAAAAUUCUCGCAAAUAAUCGGAUUACAAUUUAUAACAAGUACAUUAAUAAUAUGUUCUAAUCUGUAUCAAUUGAGCCAAUCGUCACUGAAUACAGACAGUAUUGGGUUAAUUGGAUUCACAUGUUGUAUGUUAACAGAAAUAUUUAUUUAUUGUUGGUUCGGGCACAAAAUCAAAUCAAAGAGCAUUCAACUAGUUGACAGUAUUUUUCAAAUAAAGUGGCCAAUGUUAAAUAACAGCGUCAAAAAAAGUCUAUUAAUAAUUAUGAAACGCACAUUAGUGCCUAUCGAAUUUACUACUGCACACAUCAUCAGUUUGAAUUUGGAUUCUUUUGUGACGCUGCUUAAAACCUCAUACUCUGCUUAUAAUUUAUUAGUAAGAGUGCAAGAAAAGUAAUAUAAAUGUAAUGUGUUCUGUUUUACAAUAAAGAUAAUUGCAAAUAGUAAUAAAAAUAAAUUAUUAUAUUGAUAGCAGUCUGCUAUCCAAUAUCAGACAAAUAUCCAGUAUUCUAGUUAUAUUUAGUAUUUAUAAAUUUAGUAUUUUAAAUUUCAUGUCUCCAUAUAAAACAUAUAUUCGUUAAUCUCAUAAUAUUAAAUCAUAAUCUU